GUUCUCAAGUUGCAGAGACGCGGAAGCGAGGCCUGCAGCCGCACGGUCCAGCCGUGGGAGCAAAAGGCUGGCCCAGGAAGAUUUGUCAUUUGAUGCAUGGUGUCUUCGUCCUUUGCCCUGCGUUGCUUGGUUGCUCCUCUGCCAGCUAACCACUGCCACAUGCGCCAUGCCCGCCCUACCGAGGGCCCCUGACACCUUCCAGGCGGAUCACGGGCUCCUCAAUACCGCCUUUGAAGCAUACAGGCUCGUAUCUUCUCAUGAUGCUCAUCCCGCAUAUUCCGUCAAGGCAACAAGCCAUCGCCUGCCCCUGUCCAUCACACUGGCACAGCUCAAUCCUCCCGCUAAUUCGCCCUCACUGGGAUUCAAGGACCUCAAGGAUCGCUUCACUCACGAGAAGCUCGUACCUGGAUCCAUCCGUGGUCACCUAGCAUACGUAGACGAUGGAUCCUUCGUGGUGCUCAUCGUAUUCGCUCCAGAGUCCCAGCGACCUACUUUUCAUCCCCUCUUCAAUCUCUCCCCGCCUGACAGCUAUACUCUGCGCGGUCUCCCCAGCAUACAUGCGCUCCCUGAUGGCAGAUGGCUUGCAGCAGACGGCAUGAACAGGAUGACCCUUAUCGAGAGUCAGCGGCAAGGUACCAGGUGGACACCAGAGACCCUCGACGCCUACACCAUCCAACAGACUCAACAGCAAACUUCCCGUGUACUUGCCGCGAGGCAGCAAGGCGACAUCGUUCAUGUUCUGCUGCAAUCGGCGCGAAAGGAAGCGCCUCCUCCCGCUCCGGUAGUAGAGAUGGGGCCUCCGCAGCCGCCUGGCAAGACAGUCUUCAAUGUGUCCCUUUUGGCGCUGCCACCACCUCGAAAGAAUCAACGCCAAGAGACGCCUGCACUGGCCGAGGUCAAGUGGACCGUCACGGGCGAAGAAGCGGCUUACUACGCUAUGCUCCACUCUGACAGCCAGGCCACGCUCGUGUCUGAAGCAUCCUUUGGCGAAGCGGCAGCCAAGGGUCCACGUCCUGCCGAUGCUAAUUCUGGCACUUCUCGAGCAACACUUGCAACCCCUAGCGCCCCAUCAGCAGCUCCUCAAGCACCCAACGGGACGACUUCCCCUCCUUUCCUCUGGCUACAGACCCCAGAUUCGCUGACAGUGGUGUUCCAGCUACCCCAUCGCUUGACAAAGAAUGACUUUCGCGUUCACUUCUCUCCGCAUGGCCUUAGUCUUUCCCUCGCUCAUUCGGCAUUGGACGCCCUCAAGCCUCAAACGCCUCGUAUUGUCGAGCUUAAUGGUGCAGGGGACGAGGGCGCUGGGCUGGAGCAGACCAAUAGCUCCGAAGCCCAACUUGCCAAAUCCUUGCUGGCCGGGCGCUAUCGUUCACGUUCCCUCUGGGCUCCCAUCGACCCGUCGAGCAGUGUCUGGACUUGGGAGCACGUCGGGAGGACUGAGCGGGAGAAAAAGGGGCUCCUCACACUCUACCUCGAGAAGAAGGACGAGGGUACACGCUGGACAAGAGUAUUUGAGCGUCCUGCAGCCACCAAGAGGCAAGCUGCAGGAGCGAGCAAUGACAAGAGGUCGAGACCCAUGAUCGGUGGAUCGAAGUCUAGUACGAGGCGCGAUGACGCGGAGCGGUUGCGUGAUGCCGAGGACGAUUUCGACGCCCAGGCUCAGGUAGAGCACGCCGACUUUGAUGGGGCCGUGGACGAGGACGAUCCACCGGAGACGAUGGACCCUAGUGAGCUCCUUGCGAUGGUCGAGUCUCUGGAAAAGUACACUGCUCCCGAGGGCAGUGACUUCGACGGUGAUCCUCACCCGCGCAUCGAUGGGCCUGAUGUGGGUUUUGGGAACAGGGAGAGCUUACUGCACAACCAGCUCGAGCCAGAGGACGCAACAGUGGGCAAGAAGCUGCGUCUCACGACCAUCUCGCAGGACUGUGGAGGAAGAGAGAGCCCCGCUGUCGAUACGCACCCUGAGACGUCCAAUCUCUGGAGUCUUGCUGCUCCUCUACCAGAGACGGACAGUUCGGCGCCUCUCGUGGUGCGUAAAGACCUUGACGGGCUCGUCUUUCUCCCAGCCGACGAGCAGGACGCACAGGGCAGGCGACCCUGGAAACACCUUGAUACGCUUCCCGCUCUGUCCUUUGUCCUUGCCUCGAAAAGAGACCUGAGUAGGGUCUACGUGCGGUACUCUCCCCUACGAGGUCCUGCUGCCAGCGCAAGGCCGCGGAGGUACGACUCGCUUGUCCUGGCAUUCGAGUCACCUGUCCUUACUCCGAGCUCGUCUUCCUCAUCCCCAGGUAGUGCAGGAGCCACCCACGCCGGCAACCUCUUCGUCUACUAUGGUCAAGAGCUCUCCCGGACUGAAGGUAGCGACGAGCUCGAGGGUUCAAAGGAGAAAUUUGCUUCCUCACGAGUGAUCAGAUUGGAUGCAGAAUUGGGGGAGGAUGAGCAGGCGAGAAGCGAGGGUAGUGGUGCGCUCAUGGGGGUAGCGGCUGUCAAGUUGCCCUUUGCCGAGGCUGAACGUGAACAUGGACAUGAGCAAGGGAGGGAACUGGACGAGGUGUUGGUGUGCCUUUGCGAGAGGAGACUAAUUAUGCUAAGAGGUGUGUUGUGAUAAUCAAACCCUGAUACGGACACGGACACGGAUUUGUAUAAUUCCUAGUUGGCCAUCGAACCGUAGCUUGUAAUUGAAAGGUCAUUGCUAAUACUACUCUGC